AUGAACGUGACUGAUGCAGCCUGGAAAAACAAUGCCAAAGACCCUGAUGGGGUGGAAAAGUCACCUUGUGUCGUUGGCAUGGGUGCACCCAUCUACUAUUGCAUCCUGUUGGGUGUUGGUUUGCCAGUUAACAUUUUGACAGCCAUCGCACUGUCACGUUUAGCUGCCCGCACCCACAAAUCCUCCUACUGGUACCUCUUGGCCCUCACGGCCUCCGACAUCCUGACUCAAGUCUUUGUUGUCUUUGCGGGUUUCAUCGUGCAGGCAGCCAUCUUGUCUCGUGAGGUCCCCAGUGCCUUCACCCACACCGUCAAUGUGCUGCAGUUCACAGCCAAUCAUGCCUCCAUCUGGGUGACUGUACUGCUGACUGUGGACCGUUACGUGGCCCUCUGCCAUCCUCUGCAGUACAGGUCUGUCUCCUACCCUGAGCGCACUCGGAAGAUCAUUGGUGCCAUGUUUGCAGUGUCCGUGGCCACUGGAAUCCCAUUCUACUGGUGGCUAGAUGUCUGGCAUGAUGCCUACCCACCCACCACCAUGGAUAAGGUCCUGAAGUGGCUUCACUGUUUCAUCAUCUACUUCUUUCCUUGUGGUGUCUUCCUGGUGACCAAUUCAGUGAUCAUUUUCAAGCUUAAGCACUCAGGGAGGCCCAGCCGGCGCCUGAGCAAAACCACAGCAAUUCUAUUGGCCAUCACAACUAUCUUCAUUGUCCUCUGGGCUCCAAGAACAUUUGUCAUUAUCUACCAUCUCUACAAGACCUCAGUCAAUCAGGACUGGCGAGUACAUCUGGCCCUAGAUGUCGCCAACAUGGUGGCCAUGCUCAACACCUCCCUCAACUUCUUUCUCUACUGCUUUGUCAGCAAGACCUUCAGGUGCACCAUCCGGGAGGUGCUGGUAUCCUACAAGCUACAAUGUGUCCAGUCACCAAGGAAGAAAAAUCCCUUGGAAGCCACUGGGGAAUCCCUAAAGCCACUGGGGCUCUUGAAUGGAACUUCACUUUAG